UCGUUGUUUAAUUUUAGUCCCCCAAACUCUGUUCUUUCUCCGUUUAGCCAUGGAAGCUCUAGAAAUCCCUUCACUGAGAGUUGCAAAUUCUCUUAUUGCUGGUAUAGUUAUCUUUGUGAUAGUGGGAGUGAUCGGAAGAGUGGUGAAUUGGCUGUGGCUGAGACCGAAACGACUUGAGAGAUAUCUCAGAAGACAGAAUCUAAAGGGAAACCCGUACAGGCUGGGGUUCGGAGACUUGGAGGAGAUGUCUCAGAUGAUUCAAGAAGCCAAAUCUAAGCCCAUCAACUUAGACGAUGAGAUCAUUCCUCGUGUCAUUCCUUUUCGUCAUCAACUGAUUCAAAACUAUGGCAAGAAUUCCUUUAUGUGGUUUGGUCCAACUCCAAUGGUGACAAUUGCAAACCCAGAAGAUAUAAAAGAGGUUUUUAGCAACAUUUCCGUAUUUGAAAAGGUUCCUAGCAAUCCAUUGAGUAAAUUUUUAAUUACUGGACUCGUAGACUACAAUGGUGAAAAAUGGACGAAACACAGAAGAAUUAUCAACCCCGCCUUUCAUGUAGAGAAGUUAAAACUAAUGUUGCCUGCAUUUUGUGAGAGUUGUGAUGAUAUGAUAAAAAAAUGGAUGAGACUAGUGAAUGAAAAUGAAAGGGGUUACUGUGAGAUAGAUGUGUGGCCUUUCUUUCAAACCAUGACAAGUGAUGUUAUUUCUCGAACUGCUUUUGGAAGUAGUUACGAAGAGGGCCAACAAAUAUUCAAACUUCAAUCUGAACAAGUUCUUCUUACCCUCCAAGUCCUUCGUUCUGUUUACAUCCCCGGCUGGAGAUUUGUACCAACGAAGUUGAAUAGGAGAUUGAAAGAAAUAGAGAAAGAAAUACAAGCAUCAGUAAGAGGAAUCAUUCAGAAAAGGGAGAAGGCUAGGGAAACAGGACAAGCCCCAAGCGAUGAUUUAUUAGAUAUGCUUUUGGAAUCUAAUCGCAGAGAAAUCAAGGACAAUGGCAACAACAAGAACAUGGGAAUGAGCAUUGAAGAAGUCAUAAAGGAAUGUAAAUUGGUCUACUUUGCAGGACAAGAGACAACCGCUGUUCUCCUUAAUUGGACAAUUGUGCUACUUUGUAAGUAUCCUAAUUGGCAAUCAAAAGCAAGAGAAGAAGUCUUCCAAGUAUUCGGUAGUCAAACUCCUCAUUAUGAUGGCAUAAAUCGACUCAAAGUGGUAAGUAUGAUAUUGUACGAGGUUCUUAGGCUAUAUCCCCCAGGUCCUGUAGCAACGAGGGUCGUAUCAAAAGAUGCAAAACUUGGAAAUUUGAGUUUACAAGCUGGAACUCGAGUUGCAAUUCCAAUAAUUUUGAUACAACAAGAUUCUGAAUUGUGGGGAGAAGAUGCAAAGGAGUUCAAUCCACAGAGAUUUUCUGAAGGAAUCUCUAAAGCAACUAAGAGCCAAUGUUCAUAUAUCCCAUUUGCUUGGGGUCCAAGGAUAUGCCCAGGCCAAAAUUUUACUUUGCUUGAAGCUAAAAUGGCUUUGUCCUUAAUUCUCCAAAACUUCUCUCUUGAAUUUUCUCCAUCUUAUACUCAUGCUCCUAUUUCGGUUCUGACCCUUCGCCCUCAGCAUGGCACCCAUAUCAUUUUACGGAAACUCUAGAAUUACUACUUACAGCGUCGUCAUACCAUACAUUCUUAGAAGCAAUUUUAUGCUGUGCGUUUGUGUACGUAAGUCAUGAAAAUAUGUAUGUAUUUGCUGUCUAUAGUCAUUGAAUGACUGUCCUAAUAUUCAUAUCAUACAAUGUUAUAUGCUUCUAGAUGA